AUGGUCACAAAAAUCGUCAAUGCCUGUUGUUUGUUGCACAACUUCAUUCGUGGAGAGAAUGGUGCUGAUGUGUUUGAGCGUUUGUACGUUUAUGAAGACCCAGAUGAAGAACCUGAAGAUGUGGACGAGGAUUUGAUACUUCAUAUUCAACCUACAGUUGAGUGGUCAGAUUUUAGACAAAAUUUGGCUCAAGAGUUAUGGGCUGCUAGGAGUUGGGUUACUAGUUGA